AAAAAGAAGUCUACACGCAUUCCACGAUAGGCUAUACCGUCUUUCGCUCUCUCAAAACUUUAUCUCUUCCCAUUUCUAUUCAUCCAAGAAACUGUAAAUUUCCUCCGAAUUCGAAUCCAAAUGGGCAGCGAAGGUAGAGGCGGCGGCGGGCAAUCCAGGAGGUGGAGCUGGUCCUCCGCCUUGAUCGGAGCGGCUGCCGCUACUGCGACGGCGGCGCUGCUCUCCUCCAAGCCGCGCGACCCUACAUUCCACCUCGUCUCCAUCGAUCUCACCUCCUUCAAGCCCAAUUUCCCCGUCAUGGACGCUGACGUCAUCCUCACCGUCCACGUCUCCAACCCUAACGUCGCCCCGAUCCAGUACUCCCCGACAGAGAUGUCCAUCUUCUACGCCGGCUCGCUCCUCGGCUCCGCCCACGUCAAGGCCGGCUCCCAGCCGCCGCGCUCCUGCCAGCUGCUCCGCCUCCCGGCUCGCCUCAAGGGGAACCAGCUCGCCAAGCACUCCAAGAAGUUCGUGGAGGACGUGGGGCGCCGCGAAAUGGUGCUCGACGCCGCCGUGGAUAUCGAAGGCGCGGCUAAGGUUCUCUGGAGGGACCAACGCUUCCGGGUGCACGUGGACAGUCACGUGAAGGUGGACCCCGUCUUCCUCGACGUCGUCGAUCAGGAAAACAAGUCGAAAUUGAAGAUCUGUCUCUUCUGAAAUUGCUUUUCCGGCGACAUACCGGUGUCUUUGUACGUGUAAUUAAAUUGUUGAAAUGCUUGCUGGACGUGAGUGACAUUUCACUGUCACAAGUCAAGUUAUUGUAACGAACAAAUUACUAUUGGUGGAACAAACUCUUUUUAACUACAUAAAAUAGUUAAUUAUUUUUGCGUCUUUA